UCAACCUACUGCAGUUAAACAGAAAACUACAGGCAGAACAGUGACAGAGCUUCACACAGUCUGGAUAAAUGAACAGAGAUUGUGUUACUGUUUGAGAAGCACUAACAUCUCUUGCAGGACGAUGAAGAGACAGACGUCAGGAGACAGAGAAGAUCAUCAGCUGAAGACGGAGGAGGAAACAGAAUAUCAACAUGUCAACCAACGAUACCACAGUGAUUGUUGCCCACAAUCCUCCUCGCAGGAGAAGACAGAGCAAUGACCUACCUCCUGACAUGAAGAUAGUUCUUCUGGGUUCAAGCGUGUCAGAAAACAGUCUGGUGGGAAACUUCAUCUUAGGACGAGCAGCGUUUGACAGUGAAGCUCCUCCAGAUGUUGUAGAGAGAGUCGGAGGAAGACUGAAGGACAGACACCUGAUGCUCAUCAACAGUCCUCAGCUGCUCCAGACAAACAUCUCAGCUCAUCAGAUCACACAGACUGUGAGAGAGUGUGUGUUUCUGUCUGAUCCAGGACCUCAUGUGAUCGUGCUGCUCCUCAAACAUGAGCCGUGUUCAGCAGAAGAUCAGGAGCGUGUGGAGAAGGUGCUGCGCUCUUUCUCUGAGCGCGUUUAUCAACACACCAUGGUGCUCAGCACACAAGAAACCACAGAAACCAGUGACAUCCUACAGACAAUCAUUCAGAAAUGUGCAAACAGACACUUUAGUCUUCAGAGAAGCAGCUCUCCUGAUGAUCUUCUGCAGAUGUUUGAGGACAUCGUGAAAAUGAAUGACGGACGGCACCUGGAGUGUGCUGAAGGUUCACAGUAUUUCACAAUGGAGCAAGGAGCCACAGGAAGACUUUCAGAGACUGUGAAGCUGAAUCUGGUCGUGUGCGGGAGCGACGGGACGUUAAAAUCCUCCGUAUCAGAGCAGAUCCUGCAGCAGACAGACGUGGAGCUUCAUGGUUGUGUGAUCAGUGUAAUAGAGCUUCCAGCUCUGACUCGGCUCUCAGAGGAGGAAGUGAUGCGUCAGACUCUCUGCUGUGUGUCUCUCUGUCAUCCUGGAGUUCAUGCUUUCCUCCUCAUUAUUCCUGACGCUCCACUAACUGAUGAAGACAAAGCUGAAACGGAGAAGAUCCAGAGGAUCUUCAGCUCCAGAAUCAACAAACACAUCAUGAUCCUCAUAAAGCAGAGCUCAGAGCAUCAGACAGCAGAACUCAAUGAAGAAACACAGUCUGUCAUUGAGAGGUUCGGAGGACGACAUCAUUUCUUUGGUCCCAAAAUACAAGUGUCCACAUUGAUGGAGAACAUCGAGCAGAUGCUGGAAGAAAACAGAGGAGAGUAUUUCUCCACUGAGAUGUUUCUGGAGGCGCAGAUGAAGAAACUGAUGAAAUAUGAAGAGAUGAAGAAGAAAACUGACUCACUAGAAAUCCAUUUACCAUCACAAGGUUCAUCAGAGAGUGAAGAUGAUCUGAGGAUUGUUCUGCUGGGAAAAACUGGAGUGGGGAAAAGUGCAGCUGGAAACACAAUCUUAGGAAGAGAAGCGUUCACAGCAGAGACAUCUCAUGAGUCUGUGACUAAAGAGAGUCAGAGAGAAUCAUCUGAAAUCAACGGGCGACGUGUUUCUGUGAUCGACACUCCAGGACUGUUUGAUACUGAACUUACUAACGAGGAGAUCCAGAGAGAAAUCAGACACUGCAUCUCCAUGAUCCUGCCUGGACCACAUGUGUUCAUCAUUGUGCUCAAUUUAGGACAACGAUUCACUCAAGAAGAGGCAACAGCUGUGAAGAUCAUCCAAGAGACGUUUGGUGAGAAAUCUUUAAUGUUCACCGUGGUGCUCUUCACCAGAGGAGACGAUCUGAAGGACAAAACCAUUGAACAGUUUCUGGGAAAACCAGGAUCUCCUCUGAUGAAGCUGAUUGAAGCGUGUGGAAACAGAUAUCAUGUGUUCAGUAAUAAUCAGACUGCAGACCGAACACAGGUGACUGAUCUACUGCAGAAGAUAGAUGACAUGGUGAAAGAAAACGGAGGGAGUUUCUACUCAUGUAAGAUGUUCAGAGAGAUGGAGAGAGAAAAACAAGAACAACAAAUGAAGAUCCUGAUGGACAGAGUGAGAGAAAGAGAGGAAGAGAUGAAGAAACAUGAGGAAGAGAAAGAGAGAGUGAAGAUGAUGAUGGAGGAAGAACGACAGAAUCAGGACAAAGAGAGGAAGAGAAGAGAAGAGGAACUGCAAAGAGAAAUAAGAGAACAAGAGAAACAUCAGAGAGAGACACGAGACGAGAUGAGACGAGAACGAGAGACAUUUAGACAAGAGACAGAGGAAAUGAAGAAAGAAAAAGAGAAACUGCAGAUCAAAUAUCAGACAGAAAUAGACAAACUGAUGAACACAAUAGAGAAUGAGAGAAAGAAAAGAGAAGAAGAAUAUAUAGAAAGAGAAGAACGAUAUAAAACACUGAUAAAAGACAAAGGGGAGAAAGAGAGAGAAAUCUGUAAGAUGAAGAGAGAACGAGAGGAACUGGAAAAACAGAAUUUAGAGGAAAAGACAAGCAGAGAAGAAGAGGACAAGAAAAGAAUAGAGAAAGACAAACAGAUUCAGAGACUGCAGAGUGAAAUGGAGGGAAUAAUCAGAGAGAAAGAAAGAAUAGUAAGAGAGAGACGAGAACAACUGGAGGAUUCAGAGAACAGACUGAAAGAAGAAAGAAAGACGAGAGAAGAUCAACAGAAGACUCUUGAAGAGAAACUGAGACUCCUUGAAGAACAGCAUGAAGAAGAACUGAAGAGAAGACGAGUGCAGUGGAGAGAGGAAUAUGAGAGAGAGAAAGAGAAGAUGAAGAAGAUCUGCUCUGAAACUGAUCAUUCACUACAGGUGAGUUUUUUUUAUCUUUCAUGUUUAUUCUGUUAAACAGACAAAUAAAAUUAUUUUUACUGAAUGAUGUUGGUUUCAACUCUAAAAGAUCACAGCUUACAGAAAACUGGAGACUGAGUGCUCAAGACUAUUGGUCUGCUAUGUUUGUUCUGUUAGUCACACUUUUAGUAGUAAUUAUAACCCACCAAAACU